GGCAUCCUCCUGGGGGCGCUGCUGCUGCUCUUCUGCUCCUGGAUGACGCACCAGUCCUGCAUGUUCCUGGUGAAGGCUGCCAGCCUGAGCAAGCGCAGGACCUACGCCGGCCUGGCCUUCCACGCCUACGGGAAAUUCGGGAAGGCGGUGGUGGAGACCAGCAUGAUCGGGCUCAUGCUGGGGACCUGCAUCGCCUUCUACGUCGUCAUUGGGGACCUGGGCUCCAGCUUUCUUGCUCGGCUGUUUGGGCUUCAGGUGACCGGCCUCUUCCGGGUGGUCCUGCUGGUGCUCGUGUCCCUGUGCAUCGUGCUGCCGCUCAGCUUGCAGCGGAACCUCAUGGGCUCCAUCCAGUCCUUCAGCGCCAUGGCCCUCCUCUUCUACACCGUCUUCAUGUGCGUGAUUGUGCUGGCUUCGCUCAGGCACGGCCUCUUCAGCGGCCAGUGGCUGCAGCGCGUCAGCUACGUGCGCUGGGAGGGCAUCUUCCGCUGCAUCCCCAUCUUCGGCAUGUCCUUCGCCUGCCAGUCCCAGGUGCUGCCCACCUAUGACAGCCUGGACGAGCCUUCCGUGAAGACCAUGAGCUCCAUCUUCGCGUCCUCUCUCAACGUGGUCACCACCUUCUACAUCACGGUGGGGUUCUUCGGCUACGUCAGCUUCACAGAGGCCAUCGCCGGUAAUGUCCUCCUGCACUUCUCGUCCAACCUGGUGACAGAGGCCCUGCGUCUCGGCUUUCUGAUGUCGGUGGCUGUGGGCUUCCCCAUGAUGAUCCUGCCCUGCCGGCAGGCCCUCAGCACCCUGCUCUUUGAACAGCAGCAGAAGGACGGCACCUUCGCCGCUGGAGGGUACAUGCCCCCCGUCCGCUUCAAGGUGCUCACCCUCGUGGUGGUGUUUGGGACCAUGCUCGGGGGGAUCCUGAUCCCCAAUGUGGAGACAGUGCUCGGCAUCACAGGAGCCACCAUGGGGAGCCUCAUCUGCUUCGUGUGCCCCGCCCUCAUCUACAGGAAGGUGCAUAAGAAGGCUCUCUCCGCCCAGGUGGUGCUCUGGGUUGGCCUGGGCGUCCUGGUCAUCAGCACGUACGCCACCCUGACUGUGCACGAGGAGGCCCCCAGGGACUUCUCAGAAGAGGUGCCUGGCGGCCGGCUUGGGGAGCCCGAUAGUGGAAAGAAGGUGGAGGCAGCCCGGCUAUCAGCCCAGAACCCAGGAGUGGAGGUAGCCGAGGACUCCCGCAAUAAGCCCAAGGUGCCAGGCCAGAAGGACGAGGCCGAGCAGGCUCAGAUCAAGGGCCCAGUGGAGGCCCCGCUGAGAGGAGGGGCCCAGGAGAAGCCGCAGGCCGCCCAGCUGGACCGACCGGGCCAGGGGGUUGCAGUGCCCCUAGGGGAGGCCCACCGCCAUGAGCCCCCCGUCCCACAUGACAAGGUGGUAGUGGACCAGGGCCAAGACCAGGAAGGGCCAGCAGAGACCAAACUUGAGCCCAAGCAUGCAGGUGGGGAGGCUGCGGCAGGCAAGGAGCCGGACUCGGGGAGGGAGAAGUCCGACCCAAGAGAGGCCCUGCAGGACAUGGCUAAUCCUGAGGAGAUUCAGCAGCGGGUUCCAGAAGCCAUCGGCCAGCCUGCCAACGAGGACCUGGGGCCUGGUGACAGUGACAGCCUCCCGGGGCUCCAGGCAGAAAUCUCCCAGGAGCAGAAGGUGCCAGCAGGCAGGAGGGAAGCCGGCCAUGUCCCUCCUCCUGACCCUGCCGCAGAGGAGCCUGGGAAGCCAGCUGCUGAGCAGAACAACCCAGGUGGGAAGGCAGGCCUUUUGGCGCAGCACCUGGAACCCCCCGCGGCACUGUCGGCGGAGCUGCGGGCACAGAGGCAGGCAGAGGGGCAGCCUGAGGACAACGGCGGCAGCAAGCUGGAGGAUGCCGGCCGGGCCGAGCUGCUGGACCACGCGGUGCUGCUGCAGGUGAUCCAGGAGCAGCAGGCGCAGCAGAAGCGGCUGCUCGAGCAGCAGGAGAAGCUGCUGGCCGUCAUCGAGGAGCAGCACAAGGAGAUCCACCAGCAGCGGCAGGACGGAGAGGAGGAGCGGCCUCGCCCGGUGGACGCGCAGGCCGAACAAGGGGCCGUGGUACCCGCCGGGGAGCUAGGCCAGGACCUGCUGGCUCAGUCCAGGGAACUUGCGCCAGGAGACAGCGCAGGCGCAGCAGCCCGCCCAGAAGCUGUGCAGUCCCAUGCGGAUGCAGUCAGAGGCACGGCCGGCCCUCCUGAGGGCGGCGUGGACACAGAGCCACGGGCAGCUCCACGGGAACAGGAGCCGGUUGCCGAAAAGGGCCAAGCUGGGUCGCCUGCGCCCCCCGCGCCAGGCCGGGGAGCCCUUGGAGGAGGCUCCCAAGAAGGGAAGAAGUUCGGGCAGGAAGCAGCAAACCUGAGGAAUGAGGCAGAGGGGCCAGGGGCAGGAGAGGCAAGUCGAGCCCCAGGGCCUGCCGCCAAGCCAGCCCACCAGCCCAUGGGAGGCGUGGUUCCGCAGGCCCCCAUAGCACCCGAGCACCUGGGGGCCGCCGAUGGCGCUCGUGGCCAGUCAGUGGACCAGGCCCACCACCGGGAUGCCAGGAAGGAGGCCCUGGGAGCAAACCCCGCGCCUGAGCCCGGUCCCCAGGCAGCUGCCCCAGACGCCCCGAAGGUGGACGACUCCAAGCCCAACAGCGACCUGAAGGUGCAGGCAGAUGCUCCGAAGGUGGACAACGCCAAGCCCAACCACGACCUGAAGGUGCAGGCUGACGCUGCACAGGCGCCGAAAGUGGACAUUGCUAAGCCCAAUCGAGACCUAAAGGUGCAGGCAGGCUCUGACUUGCGGCGCCGGCGCCGAGGCCUCGACUUGGACCUGGACCAGGGCGGUGGUGUCCUCAGUGCCCACUCUCUGCUGGGGCUUGAGGCGAACGACCUGCGCAGCGUCCUGGAAACCCAGCUGCACCUGGGGGCGCAGGGGGCAGCCCAGGUGGUGCUCAGCCGUCAGGUGAAGCAGGUGCUAGAGGAAGAGGCAUGAGCAGCCCCCGAGGGCAGGACCUGGUCAUUCCUGGCUCUCCUGGGGAGGGAGGGGCAGGGCAGGCUGGACACUGUUCCAGGGUCCUGAGCCCCACUGAGGUGUCAGGGCAGUCCCUCAUGGUGGGAGUGCACUAGCCACCCACCCUCACCUCACUUGUCUUUAGUAGGCCUCUGUGCUGCUGACCUAAGGUAGCUGGGGACUGAGAGGUCCCCCUUUUUAUCUCCUGUCCUGAGUUUCGCUGCCAUCCAGUCAACACUGCCUGCCACUGCCCCUAGGAACACCACACCACGGGUCACCCACCUCUGGGGACGAGGUCCCCCUCCACUGCAUUCCCAAAGGAAACCACCCCAUUAUUUUUGAUGAAUAAACACACGCUGGUUGCUGGACAGGUGAAAA